AAUCAGUUAUCCAUCAUUGGAAAUCCCAUAUUUGGAGGAACUUCGUACGUAUCCGACAAUUUCUAUUUGAACGGGAACAAUAUGUACGGUAUAAGUUACGACGCAUUUGAGAACUGUGGCAUGAAAGAUAUUUAUCUCGGAAACAACGCUUUCACAUUGUUCCCACAAGUGAUUCAAACGAAGCUUUUCGAGAUAAUAGAUUUGACAGAUAACGAUAUAACAGAGAUUCCGACAGGCUAUCUUGCUGGACAAACUUUUCUUGGAGAACUAUAUUUGGCUAAUAAUCAACUAGAAUACCUAGAAGAUGGUGUGUUUGGUGAUUUGGUGGCAAUGCGUAUUCUGUCAAUUACUAGCAACAGCUUGAACACACUACCUGAAGGACUUUUUGUAAACAUGACAAAUCUGGAGGAGUUGUAUUUGUCAAAUAACUUGAUGACACACUUACAUUCUCUUGGUGAUAAACAAAACCUCCAAAAAGUCAAUGUUGGUAGCAACAAUAUUGGGACGUUGGCUAAUUCAGCCUUUAGUGGUCUAACUAGUCUUGCAGAAUUGAACUUGGGAAACAAUCCAUUAGAAUGUUCGUGCCAGAUGGUAUCAGCACUAGAACCAAUUGCUUCAGCUGUGACUUCAGGAACAUGUAGUCAUAACGACCUAGCUAGUGGUGCCACGUUCGCCGCUGGUUCAUCAGAUUCACCGAGCUACUUUCUCUCAAUUAAUAACACUUUCUUCCAAUGUA